AUGGCCAGCGGACGGUCCUCUGCCCAAUGUGGCCAGCAGCAGUUUGCUUUACCAUGCGAGAAAGCCGCGGCGAGUCUGGGACUACAGUGUCACCAGAUUCCGACAUUCACGGGGUGGCAGAUGCCCGCGGAUAUUAAUCUGAUCAUCGCCGUGUCGUUUGGGCUGUUUGUCCCGCCGCGAUUGUUGCGACAGGCGAAGUACGGUGGGCUUAACGUCCACCCAUCGUUUCUACCAGACUUGCGGGGACCGGCGCCGAUACAUCACGCUGUUCUCCACGGUGACACUCACACCGGAGUCUCCCUCCAGACGCUUCAUGAGAAGACCUUUGAUCACGGCACGGUCCUUGCGCAAACUCCCGCGCCAGGGAUAGCGAUUCUUGCGCACCCCACCCUCUCCUUGACCACGCGGAAACUGGGCAUCGAGUGUGCAGAGAUGUUGGUGCAGGGGCUGCGAGACGGUCUACACGUCUCUCCUUACGAGAACGCGGGCUGGCGGAACGCAGAUGGUCUUCGCCAUGCACCAAAGCUAUAUCCGGGGGACCUGAAGAUACAAUGGGACACCUGGUCUGCCGCGGACUGGCAGAGACGACUGGUCAUGAAAAGGGCCAUCUGGACAAACGCAAUGACCAACAAGGGCAAGCGAAAGCGGGUCAUCUUCCACGAUGCGAGACCUGUCAGCGCGACAGACGUCCAAGGCACCAGAGGUAUGGUCGCCACCGUGGAGGAUGGUGAGGGCGAUCCAGUGCGAAGGGAGGUGAUUGUGAACCAGGGCGACGGCAGUGUUUACUUCUUGACAGGGCGGGGGGAGUGGGUUAGAGUGCGGCGAGGCAGGCUAGAGGCCGAAGUCGAGAAGGAUGCUGCCAUGGUGGUGCGCUCACUCCUGGUGAGGGACGUAUGA